CACAAAAUUCCAGACUGAAAGUUUUCUGUUUGACAAAAGGUAGAAGAUUUCUAUUAAACAUAUUCAAUAUUAAAUAUACACAUAUCACAAACAAAUCCAUUGUUUAUAACCGAGUAUGGUAUUUAAAUAUAUUGCUUUGUGAAGACUAUCGGAGAUGAUCCGGAUGACUGUACUCGGGAUUCUCUGCUGGGUUCAUGCAGCUGCUGCAGGAACUCAUUCACUGCAGUUUUUUGGAGUGGCGACCUCAGAAGGGACUGAGACACCAGAGUAUGUAACUGUGGAUGUGGUGGAUGAUGUGCAAAUCUCGUACUAUGACAGCACCAUGGAAAAACCUGUCCUCCUGCUCGACUCGAUGAAUGAGACUGUGGAUCGUGAGGUGUGGGAAAGACGUACUUGGUAUAUUCUCUAUUGUCAAGAAAUCUUAAAAUGGAGUUUGAGAAAUACAGUCCAGCGGUUUAACCAUACUGGAGUUCACAUUUACCAGCGCGCGGGUGGCUGUGAGCUGCAUGAUGACGGGACCAAGCGUGCAUGGUCUCAUUACGCGUAUGAUGGGAAGGAUUUUAUUAGUCUUGAUGUGAAGACCAGGACCUGGGUCGCUGCUGUGUCGCAGGCUGUCUUCUAUAAACACCAGCGGGAAAAUGACACAGCCCGGCAAGAGAUCACUUUCAAGUUUUUUGAAAUCGAUUGUUUCCGCUUGCUGGAGUGGUACCUCCAGUAUGGGAUGGAGACCCUGCAGAGGAAAGUCCGCCCUGCAGUGACGCUGAUGCAGAGGAAAUCGCAGGAAUCUGCAGGAACGGACGUCAUUUGCCACGUGACGGGGUUCUAUCCCCGAGAGGUUGAGGUGAACUGGAUCAGAGAUGAUGAGGCUGUGCUGGAGGAGGGGGUGUGGAGUGGAGAGGUGCUACCCAAUGAGGACAGAACCUACCAGCUGAGAAAGAUCCUGACAGUGAGUCCUGAGGACCAGAAGAAACACAGCUACUCCUGCCAGGUGGACCACGCCAGUCUGGAUGAGAAGAUGGAUGUGAAAUGGGUUCCAGAGGCUGCUCUCAACAUGGGGUUUGUUGCUGGUGGUGUGCUGGCUGCUCUGGGUCUGAUCAUCGCAGUGAUCAUAGGAGCUCUCAUCUGGAAGAAAAGAGCAUCAGAUGCCAGGAGCCCUGACUACACACCAGCGCAAACAAAGGAACAAAGUGAUGCUUCAUCCAACUCAUCCAACUCCACCAACAAUGACAGGUGUGACCCCAUUGCAGAGAAGCUGAUGACACAGGAAGAGAAUAAACGACUCGGCUGAGGCUUCAUCUUUUAUUGUCAUGUAUUAUUAUUUUACUGAAGCUUUGAGAUGUACAGAAGAUGUUCACUUUUCAGUGUACCUGUAAUAUUUCUGUAAACAGUAAAUGUAUAUAUUAGUGUCACUUCUUUAACUUCUUUCAGUCUAAAAUAAUGUAAUGAGUCAAACUCUCUGAAAAAAACAUUCUUUAAAUAACUCAAGUAAAGCUUUCUGAGGAGCAUCUUCAAAUGUGAUCAAGAGUAUCAUGUGAAGCAUAAAUGUGUUUGUGAGGGCUGGGAGCCCCGCACAUGAAAAGAGGGCAGGGCAGAGCUCUGUGUAAAAUGUACUUGUUUUGUAUUUUGCUUUAAAUGUAUUAUUUGUUUAUUUUAGAACAGGGUACCCCUCCGCCCCUGUGCAGUUUAUCAUUUUGUAUUUAUUUUGUGGUGUUAUUAUUAUUAUUAUUAUUAUUAUUAUUAUUAUUAUUAUUAUUAUUAUCAUUAUUAUCAUUAUUAUUAUUAUUAUUAUUAUUAUUAUUAUUAGUAUUAUUAUUAUUAUUAUUAUGGUGAGUUAUUAUUAUUAUUAUUAUUGUGGUGUUUUAUUAUUUGUAAAUGUGACGGUGAAGAGCCGUAGGUUUUGUUUGGCAGGGUGGAUGGGAAGCCCCAUCCACAAUUUUACGACCUCGUGGUGAUGUGUGGCUGUCACUAGUGCGUUGUUAAACUAGCCGGCAGUCACACGUAAUUAAUAAACUCGUGCAGAUUGUGGCCGAGGGGUAAUAGAAUCAUUACUAGCUAGUUAAACCCCUCGGUGCGGUAUAUAAACCUGCAGCGCUCUCAGUUGGGGGUGGAGAGUAGUGGGGAGAACGCGAGCGAGAGAAGGCGUCUGAAAACAAAAGAAACUAAGAAACCAAGGAUCAGUGAAGGCUGCUGCCCAGCCUGACUUGUCUUCCUCAGUGUUGGUGAUGUUGUUUUCUUUGAUUUAUUUUUACUCUGUGUGUGUUUAUUCUUGUUAUUUAAAUAAACGGCGCUGCAGGGUCUUUGUGCACUGCAGUAUUUCUC